GAUAAAUUAAAGCCCUUCGUGUUGUGUUACAAACGGUGGAUGUAUUUAAGUAUCAGUUGAAGAAGGAAUUAGAAAUCACACUAAUGUCAAAGUUACAGUUUUCCUUCUCAGUACUGGACAGAUUUAUCCACGAUGUUCAAAAACCGGUUGCACAUCCAACUGCUGGCGAUGCUAAACGGGCUUCUUCUGCCAUUGACGACAUCAUAAAUAAUGUUCCACUGAUCGAUGAAUUAAAUGUGAAAGGCUUGCGAGAUCUAAUCAAACUUGCAGAAAAAGGAAAGUUCACAGACAUGAAAAACAAAGCCAGCGAAGCUAUUUCUGAUUACCAGAUAAUUGAAUCAUUUUACAAGAAAAAGGUUCUGCCCACAGCGGAAAGUUUAGAAUCAAAUGAUAAGGAAAAGCAACCAAAAUUGAAAGAGGUCACCGAUUCAUUACUGAACCCAUCUUAUGAGCUUAUGAAUACAUAUACAUCAGAUGACAGACCACAUGGUCAGGAUUUGGUCAAUAGCAGACUUCUGCAUCAACAUAACACCACAGAAAUAAACGAAAGAAGAAGUCAAGACGCAAGCCUUUCAAUCCAUAACCAGAAUCCGAUGAUCACGGACAUAUCCGAUAUCAACAGACCUACAAAGGUAGCGGAACAAUUCUCUGCCCUGUAUGACAAUGAAUGGACAGACACUUUUGAUGCCAUUGCUAGGUUGGAGGGACAGAAGGCAAAUAUAGAAAAAGAAAUCAUUAUUUAUCUGGAUGAUGUUCUAAGGAAUAUUUACGUGUAUACAGUAAAACGAGUUCCAGCUCUAGUAGACAAUAUCGCACUACAAUUGGAGCAAACAAUGUUGGAUCCAGUAAGCAGUACCAAAGAAAAAGUUACCAAUCCAAGUGUGAUACACAACAGCAAGUUUCAGCGAUACGCUAAGACUUGCGUCAAAGAGACUGCAAAAUUAAGCAUUCAAGCUCUGAUACAGGAUUUCAAAAAGACAGAACUACGUCCGAGCCUUCAAAAGUACCAAGACAACUUUGGUGUGAAUAAAUAUAUAGACAAGUGUAUAGAAAUAUGCUGGUUUAUGAAUGUUCUUGAUCCCCCUAUGGUACUAAAAUGGCCUAUGGAACAUCAAGAGGCAGAAGAUUUAGCUGAAAAUUUUAGACAUUAUACAAAAGCUGGAAUUCAGUUGGAUUUUGCAGUGUGGCCUGCACUUCUGUUCUAUGACCAAGGUCCUUUAGUUGUGAAAGGAGUGAUGCAAAUGAAAUGAUGUUUUGCAACUUGUCGGUUCAUGCACGGUGUUCUAGCAUUAAAACUUCAAAUUUUGAGUGAUUGAUAAAAUUUAUAUAAUUUCAAUAUUUAGUUUAUAUAUGAUUUUCAUACGAAGUGCUCAAAGACAAAUAACUCUUGCUAUCUACUGUUCAAAACAAACCUCAUUAUACCGAAUCAAUGACAUUGUAUUUCACAUUUGAAUGAACAGCCAAUUGUUCAGCUUAAAUGUACAAUAGCUUCUUUUGAAAUGUAUUAGCCUAUAAAGAUUAAAUAAAGAUAGUGAAUAUGUGAAAGAAUAUAUAAUAUGUAGUCGUCAGUAGGUUUGUUGUCUUAACUUGUUAAUCACCCGUUAAUUGAAAUAAAUUUAAAUACCGAUAGCCUGUAUUCUAUAAAUAACAAACCUGUUUUGGGGAAACUCAUCGAAUUUGUAGAAUACAACGAUGAAAUUGACUUCCUGAAGGAGAUCAGCAAUGGACUCCAACAAUGAAGGCACCGGUCCAUAUAAAACAACACUGAAGGUUUCUUUGCAAACGAAAGAAGUGGACAAAACAGAAACUACUGCCUCAGAACAGGCUUUAAACAGUACUGCUAGAAUACAGAAUAGUGAUGUUGCUAAACCAGGUAUAAUUGACAAGGCAAAGACUGGACAACAGCGAGGAGGAACUAAACAUGAAAAUAGAAUAGUUGGAAAUCAAUGGAGCGAAUGGAAACCGACUGGAAUACAAGACUUAGAUGCAAUCCGUGAAAUCAUGAAAGAAGCACUAGAAGGUGGACAGUCGUCAAUGGAUUUACUUAAUCAAAAAGUUCAAGAGUUAAUCGAAAGUAAGCAGAAAGAUACAGAAAUGAUAGAACAAUUAAAACAGAAAACAGAAGAACUGUCAAGGUUACUGAAGGAAGAGAGAGAAAUAAACGAAAAACACAGAACGACACAAACAAAAAAAGAAAUGACAGAAAAAGAGAAAGAAAUAACAGAACUCCAAAAAGAAACAGCAGGACUUAAAGAGGAAACUGAAAAAUUAAAACAGGAAGUGGAAAGCUUGAGAACAAGUCUAAGUAAAGCUGCAGGAGAGAAGUUGACAGAUGGUAACCCUACAAUUACUGAUCUUAGUGAUCCGAAUCGUCCUCAGAAACUAUGUGAAAAAUUCAACAGCUUGUAUGACAACUUAUGGACUGAUGCCUUUGAACAUGUUUUCAAAGAUGAAAAUAAUGAGAAAUUAGCCGCCGGAAGACUAGUAGAUAUAUUCAGGAAAUGCUGGGAGUUUUGUUGCAAUUGCGCUGAUCAUCAGCUUGAAAUAUUACAAGAAAAGUUUGUGCGUCCAGAAGUUAUCACGGAAGAAAUGAAUAGACAUGGGUUAAUACAGACAUUCUCGAAGUCAGAACUGAAAAUGAUAAAAGAUGCAAGAAAAGCAGUUGCAAAGCAUACAUUGGUUAAUUUAACACAGUUUUACUGGAAAACGAAAGCAAGACAGAAAGAGGUAAUACGACCGUACGUAGAUGCUUGUUUGGAAAUUUGCUGGUAUGCUGCUAUUAAUGACCCAAAACUGGACUUUAAUUUCGAGCCAAUAAAGAACAAAGAAGAUUUCAGAGGUUAUACAAAGUCAGGAAAAUUUGUAGACUAUAUAGUAUGGCCAGCCAUGUAUCUCCAUACUGAUGGGCCAUUACUUUAUAAAGGUGUUGUGCAGCUGAAAGAUAACGAGGGAGAAAGAGAACAAAUGUGAAAUAAAUAUUGUUGAUUUUAUAAUUAAAUAUCGUUUAUUAAAUAA